AUGUACCAAAUAGUAUUUUGUGCAAUUCUGUUGCUGCUCAAUUUUGGUAUACCCAGUUGUGAAGCUAUAACCUGUUAUGAAUGUAGCAGUACAAAUGGCCAAGACUGCAAAAUGUCAAGUACCAGUUGUUCAUAUGGAUUUUUUGGUUGUGUCAAAAUAGCAACAUAUUCUGGUGGUGUUGAUAAAUUUGGCAGCUUCUUUGAUCAAGACAGCCGUAUUAUAACGAUGACUCGUGGCUGCACCGUAUUACCGAUCGGUGGUGCAGAUGCUUGUCAACAGCAUUCUAUACUUGGUUACCGAGUUGUUACUUGUUACUGUUUUACCGAUUUUUGUAAUGCUAGCAUAACACAGUACCAUGUCGACUAUAAAUCUUUAUUACUAGUUACAGUUACUUAUUUAUUUUCCAGACUACUGCUAGAUUUUUAA